UUCAGAUUUCGAGCGCUUUACAUGGAAGUGAAAGCUGCAGACACUUUUAGGUGCCGUUGAUCUUUUGAGAUGUCAUUCAGAAAACGCCCCCGGGACUGGGAGAGAUGUGCUGAGGGAUUUGAAGGACUGGACAUGGAAGAGAGACGUGUGAAGCGUGCGAAGGAGAGAAGAGGAAGCCGUAGGUUAUAUAAGGAUGACCUGCAACAAGUGCCAGCUGAGGAGGAAGAUCACAUCGAAGAUAGCAUAACUUGGACUUCCAGUGAGGAAGAGACUGAGAAUAUACAGAUGUCAACAGUUAAAAACAGGCGUAAAAAAGAAAAUAAAGCCCACAAAGGUCAGAGGUCAUCUACCCAGAAAGCUCAGAGGCAGAAAGGACAGCCUUGUCAUUACUCAGAAGACGUCAGUGUCAUCAGUGAAUCGGAUUCUAACUCCAAUGUGGAGGAUUUCAUGAAGAAUACAUCUGAAGGUAUUGAGCUUGACAUAGAAUCUGAAGAUUCAAGGUCAUCAUUCCCCACCCAUGAGAAGUCCCAGAAUUUAAUUCAGUCAAAAAAUGAAAAACAGGUUAAUUGCGACUCUCCCUGUAUUAGUGAACAGGCAAGUAUUUCUCCAUCAACGAGUCAAUCACAGAGUCCUGAUAAAAGUUCAAAGGUCAAAGCUAGCCAGUGGAUCAAGAUGCUAGAUUUAAAGACACCCACAAAAAACUCCCAAGAUGCUCCCUUCACAGAGUUAGAAGACUCUGCAAAGAAGAGGAAAAAAUAUCAAAAAGGAAGUUUUGCUGACCAGUUAUUCAGUCUUAAAGGAAGAGAAAGAUCAAUGAUCAGCAUGUCAAAACAUCAAAAAUCCACAACAUCACCCAAAUUUCAAUCAGGUUCUUUAGUAGAAAAAGAGGACGUAUCAGUCAAGUCCCUGACCCUGAGGAUUACUGGCCUGGAGUCCUUGUUCUCCUUACGACUGGCUCACUGUAUCCAGCAGGAGUCGGGAGUAAAGGUCGGCAAGGAACAAACAGCCCUGUUUCUACAAGAUCAACCGGUACAUGAAGGAAAUGUGGUUCAAGUGUUUGCUCCAUGGCAACAGAUAAGAUUAAAACAAUCUUCUCAACUUGUCCUUCUGUGCUCUAAUUACUGUAUCAUAUCAAAUGAGGGGACUGUUGAUACAGUAAUGUCUGACACAGGUAACAGAACAAGAGACAUGAGGUCCAACCCUCACCACGUGGAGGUCCCAGAGGUGUCUGCUGUUUGGAAGUGCCCCUGUGUCCUAGGUCUUGUGAGAAGUUUACUUGCCUGUCCAGCUCACCUGAGUCCAGGAAUUCCAGGCUUAUAUGUUAACAAGUUAGACAAGGACUCUGAACUGGAAAAUGAUGAGGAGUUAUCUGCCCUUGACACAAUCCAGGCCACACAGGCCUCCCAGAGGGGGCGACUGACCAAGUCCUCCAUUCUGGAGUGGGUGGACUGUCAUGAUACUAGUGCUAGAUUCUCAGGAAGAAUCCUCAGAGUGUUUUGUUUCAACAAGAGAGCUUCAUCCAUUGAGGAGAGAUACUCACUAUUGAUAGAAGAUAGUCAUGGUACUAUGUGUCAAGUAUUUUGUCCAGAGAAUUUUGAGACAAAUUUUCCAUCAGUACUGAAAAGUGGAGAAGGACAGCUUCAUGUGUUUGGUGGACUCACUGUCCAAUACAGGGCCACAAGAGACAGGGAGCCUGGGUUGUUUUCUGUGAUUGACAAUGUAUGGUGUGGUGGAUUGAUGUCUAGAAGAGCAGACACUCAGAACACUGACGAAAGUAUUGCUGAUUCUGAGGAGCUCUGCAGAACCUCAGCUCCAGGGUUCUGUUAUUUUAUGAAAGAAGCAGAGAAUGGCGAGAGGAUAUGUGUUGAAACAACUGGAGUUGACAACGUGGUCUCCAAAGAAAAGAUAAUUAGGCUGGCAAACCUUGAUCAAAUACAUGUAGAAGAAAUAACAAGAUUAUCAUUUUGCUGUCAAGUACUUUUCCAAUUAGAAAUGGGAGAUGUUAAGGAUGGCAUACCUUUAUCAGACAGUCGUAGAUCCCACAAAUCUGUCCUCUACAUUAGGGAUCAGAGUCUGACCAAUCCUAGAUACAUCACCAUGACAACCACUGCAGAGUUUCCCUUGCCUUUGUCGACCCAAUUAAAAAACAGAACGUGGAAGUUUAGAGACGUUGCCUGUCAGUCAGGUAGGCUGACAUGUGACUUGUACAGUCAUAUCAUUAAACAGAACCAAGAGACCUUGAGAAGUUCAUAUGACCUUAAUCUCCAACCCAUUCAUCCAGGAUUAACCACAUUUGAUCUCUGUAUUGUGUCUGGAACUGUGUGUGAUGUGGACGAGAACUCGGCUUUUACCUGGGAUGUGUGUGACAAAUGUCAACAAGAAAACCUGGCUCAGGAUUCCAACAGCAGACAACUUGUGUGUCUUACCUGUCAGAGAGCUGUGAAGGAACCAUUAACAAGAAUGAAACUGAAAGUUUAUCUAUCUGUGUCACCAUCCCACAAUAAAUUGUCACCAGAUCACCCAGAAAUGAAGGUGUCUGUGGAGCUUCUCCAGUCCAGUAUAGAGAAAAUUCUACCUGACUCAGACGAAGCAGAGGAGGGCUAUGAUAUUUCCUCUGUACUGGGCAGACAUGUUGGACCUUUGAAUUGUGUGGUGCUAGCAUCCAGUCAAGGAAAGGCAACAUUUGAAAUGACUGUAAAGGAAAUAAAUUUAGAUUUGCAAGAUACCUAAGUUAUGUAGGUAUUAUAAUCAGAAUUGCAGUUAAACGUCAUGCAAAAGAUAAAUGGUCACCUAUUGACUGAUAUGACUGAUAUAUUUAGUGUUGAUAUGUUUGUUGAAGCUUGUUUCAUUUUCUUUGAUGUGAAAGCCAACUACAUGUACUUGCAUGUACAGUUUUGUAAUAUGAAAAGGAAUAUUUAAUGCACAUGUAUAUCAAACAAAUA